AUGGCUGAACCCUUAUUUAAAGCGAGUAAAUGUACGGUCUGCCCGACGUACCUGGACAACCCCACAUACUUGAAAUGUGGCUUCCGCUGCCUGGAUUCGUUGCAGAAGGCGCCCGGCGCGGAGGGCUUGCUGUGCCGCAAAUGUUCGGUGGUCUCCCAGAAGACUGAGCUCAGGCGCGCGCUGCAGCUCGGAGCACUCAUGUGCAAGGUCAGCCUCGAGCCCCAGCUGAGAGCCGUCCCCCAGAUGAACCCAAGGAUCCGCAAGUUCCGAGGUGAGGCAAUCGCCCCGGGCAAAGCGCCUUUUCAACAGCGCUCGGGCACGAAGUGUCGAGUCCCGUGUCUGCUCUUGCUGACCUUUCUCCCCGCCGUGGACGCGCCCUUGGACGUUGACCCGGCCACUGAGUACCUCCUCAUUCCCGAGGACCUGAGCCUGUCCGUUGCGGGUUUACAAGCAGCAGAAGAAGCCGAGACCCGAGAGGUGGAGGCGGGGUGCGGCCGAGGGCACCUGGGCGUCUGCCGCGAGUCUGCGCGCCGGCGAGAGGAGACGCAGCCGACUGGAGGCGGCUUCUGGGCCGUGAGUUUGAGAGACGGAGCCGUGCUCUCCGCCUGCAGCGAGCCUUCCUGCGCCGCGCUCAGGGUGAGCCCCCGGCUGCACGGAGCGGGGGUCUUCCUGAAUGUCGGGAUCGUUUCCUCCUACCGCGUUGGCGAGAGCCAGGACGACCUGAGGAUCCUGAGGAUCUGCCCUGUGAGUCUGGGCACUGGCGGUCCUCGCCGAAUCCGGGGCAAAGCGAGUGGCCCCGACCGCCNCUAA